CGACUUCGGUACUGAACAUUCUGAGAAAGAUUUGAAAUGUUGUUGUCGGAAACUAAUUCGUUCAUUUGCAGAAAUAUUAAUAAUUAAUAAUUAAUAAUAAUAAUAAAGAGAGUAUUUGGUUGGUCUAUUCGAUUCUAUUACUGUUACUUUGGGUCUCUCUCUCUCUGUGAGAAGAUGGAGAGCUUGCCGACGACGAAAUCAGAGAGACGAUGGAGGUCAAAGCCUCUUCACACGUCAAAACCUUCUCUACUCAUGGCUUUGUUUUCAUGCAUUGCUUGGCUCUAUGUAGCUGGAAGGUUGUGGCAGGACGCGGAAAACAGAAUGUUACUAGCUGAUCUUCUUAAGAAAAAUGCUGGUCAGAGACCCAGAGUCCUAUCAGUUGACGAUAAGUUGGCAGUCCUUGGCUGCAAAGAUUUGGAGAGAAGGAUUGUAGAAGCUGAGAUGGAUCUUACAUUAGCGAAGAGUCAAGGGUAUCUGAAGAACCAUUUGCAACAAAGUGGCUCUUCCUCAUCCCGAAUUCUAGCUGUUAUUGGAGUGUAUACUGGAUUUGGCAGUCGAUUGAAGAGAAAUGUGUUUAGAGGAUCUUGGAUGCCUAGAGGAGAUGCUUUGAAAAAACUAGAAGAAAGAGGUGUAGUCAUACGUUUUGUAAUUGGUCGGAGUGCUAACCGGGGUGAUAGCUUAGAUCGUAAUAUUGAUGUGGAAAAUCGUUCAACAAAAGAUUUUUUUAUUCUGGAAGGUCACGAGGAAGCUGAAGAAGAGUUGCCCAAGAAAGCUAAGUUCUUCUUUAGCACAGCGGUUCAAACUUGGAAUGCAGACUUCUAUGUUAAAGUUGAUGACAACAUUGACCUUGAUCUUGAGGGGCUAAUUGAACUUCUUGAACGUCGCCGUGAUCAGAACAGUUCUUAUAUUGGUUGCAUGAAGUCAGGAGAUGUUGUAGCUGAAGAGGGAAAGCCUUGGUAUGAACCUGAAUGGUGGAAAUUUGGUGAUGAGAAAUCGUACUUCCGGCAUGCAUCUGGUUCUCUUUUGAUUCUCUCCAAGAGUUUGGCUCAGUAUGUCUACAUAAACAGCGCGUCGUUGAAGGUUUAUGCUCAUGAUGAUAUAUCAAUAGGUUCGUGGAUGAUGGGUCUACAAGCAACAUAUAUAGAUGACAAUCGAUUUUGCUGUGGUAGCAUUAGACAAGACAAAGUGUGUUCUCUAGCCUAAUUAAGGAGAUGCAUAUGGCUUGUCAAGAAGACAUCAAAUCUUAGUUCAGUGGUAGUUCUUGGGCGUCGAACUCCUUGCGGUGAAUGAUUUGUGAGAAGAGAUUGACAAAAUGGUUCUUGUAGAUUUAUUUAGAUAUUGGCCUCAAUUCUUUUUAGGGUUUACCCAUGUUUGACUGCCUAUCCUUUCAUCCCAACGAUUCAUCUUAUGUAUUGGCCUCAAUGCUAAUCUGAAUUGAUGGAAGAGUUAAAAUAGAAUAUCAGUGAUCUCCAAUAAAAAUGGUUUAAAUAGAAGGCAUUGUUUGUUUUAAUGUUCUUAAUUUAUAAAUCGAUUUAUAUGUACACGGAUGGGGUGAGGAAUUGGUGGGGCGUUCUCCCACGAUCUCCAUCUUGUUAAGAAUUUUAAUCCCAUUUCCCGCAUAUUGUCCGUA